UGAGCGGCGGCGGCAGAGCCGGCUGCCCUAGCGCGCAUGCUCGGCGCCGGCGCCAUUUUGGUGGGGCCGGGAGUUAUCCAGCGAGAGCGGCGGCGGAGCUCGCUGGGCCCGGCUCGGAGGUGGCGGCGAGUGGGUGCCGGCUGCGGAGAUGGCUAACAUCGCGGUGCAGAGGAUCAAGCGGGAGUUCAAGGAGGUGCUGAAGAGCGAGGAGACGAGCAAAAAUCAAAUUAAAGUAGAUCUUGUAGAUGAGAAUUUUACAGAAUUAAGAGGAGAAAUAGCAGGACCUCCGGACACACCCUAUGAAGGUGGAAGGUAUCAACUAGAGAUAAAAAUUCCAGAAACAUAUCCAUUUAAUCCUCCUAAGGUGCGGUUUAUCACCAAAAUAUGGCAUCCUAAUAUUAGCUCAGUCACUGGGGCCAUUUGUUUGGAUAUUCUGAAAGAUCAAUGGGCAGCAGCAAUGACUCUAAGAACAGUGUUGUUAUCGCUGCAAGCGUUGUUGGCAGCUGCAGAACCAGAUGACCCACAAGAUGCAGUAGUGGCAAACCAGUACAAACAAAAUCCAGAAAUGUUUAAACAGACAGCUCGACUUUGGGCACAUGUGUAUGCUGGAGCACCAGUUUCUAGUCCAGAAUACACCAAAAAAAUAGAAAACCUUUGUGCUAUGGGCUUUGAUAGGAAUGCAGUAAUAGUGGCCUUGUCUUCAAAAUCAUGGGAUGUAGAGACUGCAACAGAAUUACUCCUGAGUAACUGAGCCAUGUAGAGAGAGCUGCUUCAGUAGUCCAGCUUGCCCCUUCUGGAGGAGCAUCACCAUCUGUUAUUUUUAGGAUUCUAUAUAGAUUCUCUUUUAAAACUGGCACUCUUGCCUGAUGAUGCUAUCUAGGCACUAUUGGAGACUGAAAGAAACGCUCUGUAAAUAAAGCUAAUUAAACGUCUGUGUAAAUUUAAAAAGGGGAAAUACUUUAAUUUUUUUUCUUACUAAAUAUUGUAAAAAUUCUUUGAGCUCAGCUACAAUAAUGGGGGAAAAAACAUGCCUACUUUAGUGUUUAGCAGUGUGACGAAGACUAGCAGGAACUUGCUUCAGGAUUUUGAUUUAGUAAUUCAGAGAGCAACAUUUUUGAGUGUUAAGUCAUCAAAUUGUUGGUGCCACUCAUCACAGCUAUCUUACUGUUUUUAACAUGGAUCCUAUGUGCCUGUGGAUUGACCUAUAUUUGCAUGCUUGUACUUAAUAGACAUAUUAGGUAGGGUCGCUGAAGAGAGCACCAUUGAAAUACUCGAGUGUUCUUGUAACUUUUUUUUCCUGAAAGACUUUCAAGACUUACCCAAAGUUCCAAAUGGUGACCUAUUCAGAACCAGUUUCUUUCUAGCUUAUUAAUUGGGAAACCUGAUUCUCCUCUCCUUUACAUCAUGCAGCUAAAAAAUCCUCACUAGAUUAUGUUUCAUCAUCUGUGGGUAUUAUGUGUGCCAUUUACAGUAGUCUAGGCUCCCCUUUAAAGAAUAUAUUUUGAAUUAUCAGUGAUGAUUUUCAUCCGUCGUGUUUUCUACACAAUCUCCUAAGGACUUUGCUUGGAUACAGCACAAAAAGAUGGAGCUGGUUUUCUUUCCUUUUUUUUUUUUUGGUCUUAAAUAGAUGUAAAAUGUUCUUCAGUACCUUCUGGAUGAUAUGAUUUCACUGGGUUUGAAGGAGGAAGAAGCUGAUUCUCUAGCGUACUGAGAAUUAAAAAAAAAAUUCUUUGAGUACUUGAUAUGAUGCAAUCAGCUGUGUUUCGCAGCGGUUUUCUAGCUUUAUUUCGGGCUUCAAUUUAGGGAUUGCUUACCAGGUACUUUAAAAUUCAUCCUUGCUUGCAUUUUUCUCUAGUUGACACAUGGAGGCUGUGUUGGUGUUUUUACUGUACAUACUUCAAAUGCACAUAGAAGUAGAAGUGUGUUCUCAAUUUAGCUUUCUUUUGGAUUGAUGUUUCUGAUAAACGAGAACUGAAAUCUUACCUUGGCUUGUACAUACAGUCAGUCUUUCUAUUCGUAUUAAAAUGACAUUUCAUCCUGAGUGCAAAAGCUUGAAAAUUAUUAGUUUUGCAACUUCAAACACUAGUACAUCUAUUUAAAGAGAGCGGUAAUGUCUUUGUGAAUAUGAUGCUAACUUUUGAGAAUAUAUCUGACAAGGAAGCUCAGAGAAAUCCUGAGAGUAGAGAGCUGGGAUCGUGGCUAAUGGAGUACUGUAUAAGUCAUCUUUUCUAUGACGCUUUGUUUUUUUUUAUCCUAAACAGUGGACUAAUGGGGUGGGGAAUACGUGUCUGUUUGGGAUUUUUUGUGUAGCUAUGAAGUACAAGUUGAAAUAGUUUCACACUUCAUAGACAGUCUGUUUAUAAAUCAUACUAGAGGAAAUCGGGAACAUUAUUGUUGUGUCUGUUAAAUAUUUGGAUAGGGGAACAGAACCAGAAAAAUAGAGCUGUAGAGACCUGAGCAGCUGAGGGAUGUUCCCUGUGCUGCUCUGUCUCAUGUGUCCAGACUUAAAAUAUUUCAGGGCACAGACAGGAAAUACUUUGAACUCAUAUCGGUGCAAUACUAAAUGGGUUUGCUUAGACUUUUUACUUACUGCUUUUUAAGGUGUAGUCAGUGAUCAUUUUUUGGGGGUUUCCUUGAGUUAAUGUAGAUCAUUUGCAAUGAUGCCAAAGGAAAUGAGUUGUUUUGUCUUUCCUAAUAUUUAUUUAUUAUUUUUUUUACCAAGAAGCUGCUACUGUUCGGCUGGUUUGUUAGGUGAAAACCAGGGACAGUAGGGAACUAUGGCAAAAUGCCACUCGUUUUAAUCUCAAGUUGCUGUCUUUUCUGUUAUACAGGUUAAGAACUUCUUGAUUAUUACAUCAUCAUCUUUUUUUUUUUUUUUUUACUCUGGUGGUAAUUAUAAAUUGCUGACUACUUUCCCUUGUUCUUCGCUGCUAUUUAUCAAAAGAACGAACUUGGAAAUCAUUGUUGGGGACAUUAAAACUUCUCAGUCACAGGCUUCUGGACGUGUCUUCUGAUAAGAUUAGUCUCCUGAGAACAGCAGGUUUUUCCAACAGUGUGUGAAGGGCCAAAGGAAGCCAGGGAAAGGGGGAGGGGGAGAAAAGAGGAAAUGGUUCUUGGGUGAGCGUGGUCACCUCUGAAACAAUGCCCUGUUCAGUUUUAUUUCUCUCAUCAAGUUACCUCAUUUUCUUCUCUACUGCAAAACACUGGCCUUCCCCUUUCCCCUUACCUACAGAUGUCGGAUACUGGUUUUUGCCCCCCAUCCAUGUGCUUGGUAGCAAAGAUAUUUUGAUUCCAGCUGAGAUGCUGGCAGGAGGGAAGGAAGCAUCACCCAGCAUUAAGGAGGCAUCUGUGGUCUGAAAUCCCUCUGAAUUUUGACACGCGAGUCCUUCUUGAGGAAUGUUUUUGUGUUCUUGGUGACUACCAGAGUUGAACAUAGGGCCGAUGUUGUAUGAGGUUAGUUUAACUGGGGCUGAGCCCUAGGAAUUUUGCCUGUUGGUGUUCAGUUUAUCAUUGUGAGUGUGUACAUACCCAGCGGUCGUUCUGUGUUGUACGUGGCUGUACGGAGGGCCCUGUGCAUUCACAGGGGGGUUGCCGUGCUCUGGCUGCCCACUUACAAGAACAUCAAAUGCGGGUACAGCUGCUUUCGAAGUACAAAGAAACCCUGCAUUGUCUUCCUCUGUUGUGUAACAAGCCAGCUCGAAACAGUGAUGUUGAAGUCUAGAUGGCCCCGCUUUUCUAAACAAGGUGUGGGUAAUGAAGCUUGGUGGUUGCCUGGAGCAUCGGUCGGAUUUUGCUGCUGAAGGUUUUAACAUGCAUUGAGCAAAGUGGGUUUAUCCCUCGUUUGUUUCGUUGGUGGGGAACAAGAAACUCUUUUCUCGCCCGGUUCCUCGAAAAGUAAACCGCAGCUUUGUUCAAAGGUAGAGAAAUGCCCUUUCCUGUUGCCAAAAGCCUCCGUUUUCCCAUGAGUGCCAAAAGCCCUGACUGUAUCCUGUCCCCACUCGCCAAAUUCACAGCUUCCUCCCAUUGCUUCUGCGAACAGGCUGUGUUCUCAGGGUGACAAACUGGUACAUUUUGGAGACAGAAAACUUGGGAACAUAUCCUUCUGGAAAGAUGCGGCACUUACUGCUAUUCAUUCUGCAUAUUUCAAGCUUAAAUUAUAUUUUUUUUAUUUAAAAAAAAAAGCUUGCCACAGAGUACAUGGGGCCUUGACUAUAAUUGGUUCGAUAGUGUUUAUCUGAGUAAUUAAGUACUAAUAGUGUAGGAAUAGGUCUCGUCGUUUGUUUUUUUUUUUUCUUAAAUUAUCAUUGUAUUUAACUGUUUUCCAAGUAAAUUAGUAUUGGAACACUGACAUAAGGAAUACAGGAUCUUCUUUUUGUCAUUGUUGUUGUCUGAAAGGAGGAAUUAAAUAGCCAGAAAGAAGCUUACCUUGUAAGGCCAAACCUGGGUUCUGUGCUGUGGGUAACAGAAACAUUUAAACUAUGCAAAUUUCAGCUUAAGAGCUGUGAAUCAGAGGCGGGGCUGCAGAGCAUGUGGAUUGCUAAUCCAAUGGGGGAAAGGAGAAGGGGAGGGGGGCAGGAAUCAAACACAGCUUCGAGCCAGGGUUCAUGUUUACUGUCCUGGUCAUGGACGGUGAAGGUGAAGUGUCCCGUUUUCGGGGCGAGGGGAAACCCAGCCGUGUGCCUGUCCCUUGUUUCCUUCCUGAUUCCGACACGAGCUGGCUGAGGCUUGGAGGCUCGCCCAGAGGGGGAAAUGUUAAACAAUCUAGCAGUGGAAGUUAGUUUUGCUUCAUGCUCACUGACGAGCAGAUGCGACAUGAGGGUGAGGUGUCCUCUCCUGCUACGUUUUGUUGCUAGAGUGGAUGGGAAGCAUCGCUUUGAGCGUGGCCACUGGUUGGUCACCCCGUGGUUGGGUUUGUAGAGUUCUGAUAAGCAAUUAGCAAUAGGUAGCGAAAGCACGUUUCAUCACACCAUCUGUCGUGUCACAGAAUGGAAGCACGAAACUCAAGAUGCUCGUUGGGUGCCUCAGGUCUGGGAAGACCAUGUAGAUGUUUCCCUGUGUCCAUCCUCAUUUUCCAGGCACAGCUCUCCCAGGGCUGGGCAAAGGGGCAAGCGCCUCUUUCAAUCUUGAGAGUUCUUCUGAGCUCCUCCAGACCCAUUGGUAGAUCCCAUAGCUCGCUCUUCCCCUCUGUGGUGGUGGUGUCAUCAGCUGAUUCAUCCUUAGACUGGCGAUUCCAGCUGUCCCUAAUGCCUCUUGCUCCUGGGGUGGUUGCCCGGCUGCGGGGCUCUGGAGGCGGUGGGUUGGGUCUCCCUGGACAGACUCUGGCAGAUGGUUUGUGCUGUGACGGGGUGUUCCUUCUCUGCUGUCACCUGCUCUGGCCAGCCCUGGGCUGCUGGGGCUGGGCUGUUCGUUGAGGAUGUCAAGGUUUGUGACCUGGCAGCCGAGGAGCUGUGCUGUGAAAAUGCUGUGCUUGUCCCUUUCUGCCAUUUGUGGCAACUGCUGGUGCUCUGUUGCGGUGUCUGAAGGAGGCUGCCGUCAUAUGAAUCACUGAUGUCAACUGUUGAAGAACCCUGCUUUUCACUUAACUUUUCCAUCCUAAAUUCUUGACUUUUCUAAUUAAAAAAAAAAAAAAUAAUUACCAGUAAAAAAAGAAUCCCAGGAGGUUGGCUCCUGGGCAUCAGACUUCCUGUACAGGAGGAGUGGGUGGGCUGGAAUCGCAGCAUCAGUGGUGGGGUUUUUUUUGUCUUGGAAAUAAAAAAAACCUACACAAACACUUUUGUACACAAAUGGUUUUUUAAUAAACACACAUUUUAAAAGAUGUUGAUUUUUUUCACUGGGAAUGCUUAACAAAUAAAUGCAUGUUUCCCUGAAAACAGUUUUGAUUUUAUUUCUGGUACCUGGAGUUGCUGUGAGCUGACAGGGCUGCCUGCCUCCCUGGCAGCCGUGAGAGAGAGAGGAAAGGGAUAAGCAAUUUUUCAUGAGGCACAUCAAAAAAUUCUUGAAGAAAAUUGUGUAAAUAUAAGCUGUGCAGUGAAGGUGUGUGUUAAUUCAACUGGGCCUGUCUUGUGUGGUAGCCUAAGAAAUACCUGUGUGUAUGAACCCCUCCUGCCUCCUCUCAAGGCUGUGUCUGAAGGAGCAGAGUUGGUAACUCGUGGAGAAACAACUUUCCUUUGGAUUUUCCAACCCCAUCAUCCUCAUCUCUCUGUGUUUUAAACUGUGUACUUUAUUUAUAUCAUCGGUUCUUACCUGGGGAGGUGGCAGCCUGUUGGCAGGAACGAUCUGGUACAGAGGACAACUGUGGAUUUGCUUGUUGCCAGGAUGUAAUAUUCACUUUUUUUUUUGGCACAUUUGUUGGAUGGAGAGAAAGGGUGUGAAGGGAGAGCCUCUGCCCUCCUGCUCCUCCUCUGAGCAGGGAGCCGGGCUGUGGAGCUGGUUGCCACACUCUGUCAGAUCUUCCUCCCCUCCUGAGGGCUGUGUGGGGGUGUGCGUGUCCUCAGGUGGGUUUUGCAGGUCUCCAGGCAGGUUCUACCAGAUGUGAGGGAGCUGCGCGGUUUUAGGGUGUUCAGACAGCGGCGUGAGGGGGGUUAUUGCUGUUUGUUGUUCAACUUUACAAUCAUCAGGAGCUGUGUUUAUUGUGGUACCUCAUUUGUCAGAGGGGUGAGGGAGAGGGAAACACUCCCCAGCCCCUCUGCUGCAAGGUCGGGGGGGACUUCUUUUAGCCCGCCUGUUAAUUUAGGAUAAAAAAAUUAAAAAUCCAUAUUCCCUUGUUGUUGUAGUAGUUAGACACUACAAUGGCACGGGUAACUGAGAGCUGCUGUGUCACUGAAAUACUUGCCUUGUCAUUUCCAGCGCCCUGGAACUGGAAGGGAGCUGGUGGUUGAAAUGGAGGUUGGUGCUCGGUGGCUCGGCUCCUCCUGUGCCGCCUUUUCCGCUUGGCUGUGACCCCGGGAGGGAGCUCCCCCGCUGCCACGUAGGGCACGGCCAGGAGUUUGUGUUGUUUUAAGGCCGAGUCUGGGUCUGGAGCAUCCGUGUCCGGUGUGAUGUCAAAUAAACCAUGUUGCUUCA